AUGGCAGAAGUUGUCGACCACGAAGGAAGGGAACUUUCCUCUCUGUCAGAAAGAUAUGAGCUCGAAAUCGACGACGAAACGGAUUCGCCACGCCGGUUAAAUGACAGUCUGUCACCGGAAUCGGGCAUUGAACUAGAAAGCCGAGGAACUGAUUUGACAGUUAAGGAUGACGAAAAAACGUUUAUUGCUGAUGAAGUAUCAGAAUCUUCAGCAGCUGUAAAACCAAACGAAAUGUUUCAAUUUGACCUUACUAAUCCAGACGAAGUGAUGCGAAUGCUUGAAUCGGUUGAACUUUCUGAAGAAGAUACUGAUGUACUGCUUCAAGAGGCCUACAAUGUCAAUAGAAAACUUCGGAUGAUUCUGCAGAAAAAGGACCAGGAUAAAGAGUUUAAUCCCGCGGAAGCAUCUCUUGUCAACGGGUCGUCAGUUAUAAUGGUCCCUGGUAGCGCUGUUCAGUCCAGGGCGAGUUCUAAUACCAGGACAAUCUCAAAUAGCAGGGCUAAUUCCAAUACAAGAACAAUGUCUUCUCAGGGCAGAGUUGCAUCUGGUACUUCGUCGAGAGAAAAUCUUUUUGCUAAAAAUGCCCCUCUUCCUCCAAUAAAGGACAAAAAUCCAAACGUUCUUAAUCCAGCAGUUGGUAAUGCAGUUGACCCACAUGCCCCAUCUUCAAUGACUUCAGUGUACAGUGCCAGGCAGCGUCGACCUGCACCACCUUCAGCCGGUGCCACACCAACCAGGAAUGCCUUAUCAUCACAAGGUCCAGGUCGCAGGAUUGUACCUCGCCAAGGUCUUAUGCCAAACAAGAAACCAAAAAGUGCCAAGAAGCCUGAAUCAGUUCCAAUAACAGAGCGCCCACCAUGGAACGACCGGUUCAGCCAGGACUGAAGGACAGAACAGCAUAAUACAUUUAUGUAAUAGCACAGAGAGCACAGGUUUUUUUUUUUUUACAAACUCCCUCAUCACACACCAUAUUGUCCAUGAUACAUGUAUCUAAUACUAUGUUUAAUUCUGUUGUUUGUUUCUCAUCAGUAUCGAUAUGGACAGAAUUUGAAAUGUGCAUUACA